AUGCCCAUUGGCGACUUCCAUAAGGGUAUCAAUACAGAGAAAAACGAUAAUUUUGGGCUCUACCGCAUUGUUUUCUGUAAGCAUUUCAUCAGCUACCAUAUAGAUGACCACGAACGAAACAUCAAAAAUGGUGGCGCCUACGAUUGCAAAGACCUCCAUGACAAAUUUCGUGAAGGAGAAGACUAUGAACAAGACCAGCAUGUUGACAAUGUUAAUGCUAGCGACCCAUGGUCAAGACCAUGCUAG